AAACUCACUUCAUAAUUUCAUGAAAUCAAUGGCUUCAAUUUCUUCAAUUCUUCUUCUCCUUCUUUCACUUUCACAUCUCCACUUCACUCUACCUACCGGAAAUAACCACAUCACCGACAGAAAAUCCUUGGAAAUCAUCAUCGGCGGCGGCAAUUCACCACCAUCACCUUCACCGGAACCGGGACCUGAACCUGCAGAUUGCCCUCCUCCACCUCCUCCUCCUCCAUGUCCUCCCCCACUUCCUCCUCCAUGCCCUCCUCCACCUUCCCCAAAACCACCACAAUCUCCUCCGCCGGAGCCGCCGCGUUCACCGCAUAAACCACCAAAAUCACAGCAUAAACCGUCACAUUCACCGCCCAAACCGCAUAAACCACUGUUAGUCUUUGAGAGCAAACUACUAGAGAAAGCCUACCCAAUCCUCCAAGCUUUCAAGAAUCUAGUCGAAGACGAUCCAAAGAAUGUUCUUGAUUCUUGGAAUGGCUCCGACAUUUGCAAAUACCGCGGACUCGAAUGCGCAAUAUUCCCGGGAACAAAAGACCUGGCUGUCGCGAGCGUCCAGUUUAACGAGUUUAACUUCGCUGGCAAGAAACUCCGGUUAGAUAACUUCCUCGACAAGUUAGAAACUGUCACGAUCUUCCACGCAAACUCCAACAAUUUCUUAGGCUCUGUGCCUGACGUCAGCAACUUGAAAUACUUAUUCGAGCUCGAUCUAAGCAACAACAAACUCACCGGAGAUUUUCCAGCUUCUGUCUUAAAAGCCAAGGAUCUCACGUUUCUCGAUCUCAGGUUCAAUACUUUCUCAGGCUCUGUUCCUCCUCAGGUCUUCAAUCUCGAUCUCGACGUCUUGUUCAUCAACAACAACAAUCUUGUUCAGCAACUUCCAACCAAUCUUGGCUCCAUCACAGCUCUUUACCUCACAUUCGCCAACAACAGGUUCACGGGUCCAAUUCCGGACAGCAUAGGCAACAUCAAGUACCUACAAGAAGUCCUUUUCUUGAAUAACCAGUUAACCGGAUGCUUACCGUACCAAAUAGGAAAGCUAAACCGAGCCACUGUUUUUGAUGUUGGGUUUAACCAACUAACCGGUCCUAUACCAUACUCUUUUGGUUGCUUGGACAAGAUGGAACAACUCAAUCUAGCCAGAAACAAGUUCUAUGGAGCCAUACCAGAGAUCGUAUGCGAGAUUUCUUGUCUCAAGAACCUUUCUCUCUCCUAUAAUUACUUCACUCAGGUCGGUCCAAAAUGUAGACAACUCAUCAAGAGAAACAUUCUGGACGUUCGUAUGAAUUGUAUACUUGAUCUACCAAACCAAAAAACGUCACAAGAAUGUGCUGACUUUUUCAUGCGGAAACAGACUUGUCCUAAUUCCAAGUCUAUGUUUCGUAUCCCUUGUGGUAAGAAUCCAAACCGGGUUAGACUGGAUCAAGAACGAUUAGAGGACGAAGAAGCUCAAGUUCCUUCUCCGGUAUCUUACGGUGCACUCAACCCGGACCGGAUUCGGAAUCUAUAAAUAACUUUUUUUUUUACAAUUAUGACGUGCGAAGAAAGCUAUGUAGCCAAGUGUUUAUACUUAUAUGUUUGUGGUUUCUAAUACAGUAUAACUGAAUAAAUGCAUUUGUUGCGUUGUUACGGAUCAUAUGUAAGGUUCUUGUACGUAUGCAGAGUCCAUUUUUUUUUCUUUUAAGUACCACUUUAAACGUUACU